UUGGAGUGGUGCCCUGGAAGCAGGAACGGCGCGUACUGCCUUAAUGAUCAUCAAAAAUUUCACAGUGCUGUUGUGUUUGCACGUGUGCCGUGUUCUGUUGCAGUGCAAGGAGCGGCAAUCUGCUUGUUGCCGCUUGCAGUAGGCAUCGGUGGGGCAAACAUACAGCGAUGGUACUUCGACCAGAACACCCAGAAAUGUUUGGCAUUCAUUUAUGGUGGUUUGUACGGUAAUCAGAACAAUUUCCUCACACAGCAACAAUGCGAGCAAGCUUGUCCCGACCAGUGCAGUAGCAAUUAUUGGUGCCACAUUGGCGCGACAGCGCAAACAACUGUCUGUUGCCCCGGACGAGGUUCCAGCUUCUACAAACUUUUCUUUAGUUCAAUAAAAAUUGACUGUGAAGCACCAGUUUACAAUGUUAGUUGUGCUGCAGUGGAAGGCUAUGCAAUCUGUCAGCAAGCAAUGGCACCCGGCACAGGGACUGCUAACUUACAACGAUGGUACUACGAUAUCAAUGCCCGGCAAUGUCUCCCGUUCACUUACAAAGGCAUGAUGGGCAACCAGAAUAAUUUUCUCACCAAGCAACAAUGCCAGCUGGCUUGCCCUGCAUAUACAAAUGUGUGUCCACAAGGUGUGCCAUUGUUGGAUGCAAGCACAAAUUUGCCCAAACGCUGCACAUUUGCAAAAAAUAGCUGUGGACCGGAUCACUGGUGCCAUCUGGGCUUGAUACCGGACGAGUAUCAGUGCUGUCCCGGUGAACCAACCAACCCGGCUGCAUGCAAGGGUCUACCGUAUUCGGUGGGCGUCACAGGAGCACCAGCACCACCAGCUAUUCGAUGGUACUACGACAAGGCUUCUAUGAGCUGCAAAACGUUUGAGUAUUACGGGCGUAAAGGGAACCAAAAUAAUUUCCUGACCGAAGCGGACUGCUCCGCCACUUGCAAAGGUUCACACCGCAUUCACUUCAAACCUUUUUUUUCUGCACUUUACUGCAUGUUUUUGAUUGUAAGCAUUAAUUACAUUGGCAGAGACUGUCCUGGAUUCAUAAGGCCAAGGAUAAUUGGAACACGCCAGUGA